GAAAAGUAAAAGUGGGGAAGUAGCAGUAAAAGUUUAAACCGUACGAUCUUCUCAUGAUCCAGGCACUGAGCUUCGGACACCAACUCUUAUAACCUCGGGCAAAAAACAAUACUUUUUCAUUAGUUAUAGGGACCCCUAAGGCACUACCCUGUAGUUUAUAGAUUUCCGUAUAUAUGUCAGAGACAAGAGCUGCCAUAAAGACAGUAGCACCAGUGUCAGCAGAUGCAACAGAGAGGUGCAGUCAUAAUAUUAGCACAGUACUGACUCAGGGUGGAGAGAGAAAGUGCAUGUAUGUGUGUGUGUGAGAGAGAGAAAGAGGGCGCGAGGUGGCAGUAAAUAUGAUCUCUUGUUUUUUUGAACUGGGCAGCAAUAUGAUCAGCAGAACCACUAGUUUUAUCCAUAUACAGAAGAUUCUGCAACCCUCAUGGUCCCUAAAUUAAAUAUACCUACCACCCCCCAAACAAAGGCUCAUUAACACUUAAACACCUCUCUCACAUCUCAAAGUCCCUCUGAAACUGUCUCUCUGAAGUCUGAAAGUUGGUCUGUUUAAUCUUUGUUUUCUCUUCCUAAGAUCUCUCUCUGUCUCCCUCUCAAUGGUGAGUACCGGAAGAAAUAGGUAUCCUUUCACUGCAUCUCAGUGGCAAGAACUUGAACACCAAGCUCUCAUCUUCAAGUACAUGGUCUCUGGCAUGCCUAUACCACCUGAUCUCCUCUUUACCAUCAAAAGAAGCUUGGACUCUUCUCUCUCCUCAAAACUCAUGCUUCAGCAACCUCAGCAUAUUGGGUGGAAUUGUUUUCAGAUGGGUUUUGGGAAAAAAAUAGACCCAGAGCCGGGGAGGUGCAGGAGAACAGAUGGAAAGAAAUGGAGGUGCUCAAAAGAAGCAUACCCAGAUUCUAAGUACUGUGAAAGACACAUGCACAGGGGCAGAAACCGUUCAAGAAAGCCUGUGGAAGUCAUGACAACAUCAACAACCAACACAUCAACCCCAACUGCAAUACCAAUCUCAUCAAUCACCAAAAGCCCAAACCCCUCCAAUGCCUCUUCUCUUUCUCUUUCUGAACCCCACUACCCCAACCAGUAUAGUUCCCAUGUCCACUAUCCCUUCCUCUCUCCCCAUUCGUCUUCAUCAAGAUCUCCAGGUAUUGGCCUGUUGUCUCAGGACCAUACCAACCACUUUGUUUUGGAAUGUGGUCCUUAUUCUCAUAUAAACAAAGAUUACAGAUAUGGUUAUGGAGUGGAGGAGGAGGUUGAUGAACAUGCAUUUUUCUCAGAACCUUCGGGUACAAUGAGAAGUAUAUCUGGAUCUUCCAUGGAUGAUUCUUGGAGACUAACACCAUUAACCAUGGGUUCAUUUUCCUCCCUUAACCAUUUGAAACAGAGGCCGCCUUGUUCUGGUUUACAAAAUGGGUACUCGUACUUGCAGUUUCAGAGCCUCAGUGACACCUCGAAACACCAAAACCAAGAUCAGCAUCAUAAUAGCUAUAAUAUUCUGGGUAGUGAUAUUAAGUGUGAAAUGCCAUUGAAACUUGGGGGAGAUGAUGAGCCUCAGAAAGUAAUGCACCAUUUCUUCGAUGAAGGGCCACCCAAGAACAAAGAUUCAUGGAUUGAAUCCGAGGAUAAAUUGUCGAAUCAUGUGCCUGUUUCUAAAACCCAGCUCUCAAUCUCCAUGCCUGAGCCUGACUGCUCACAUGACUUUUUCAUCACCCAUAAUGAUAAAUGAGCUUUCACCAGUGGUGGAGGGGGGUGUCUGAGUCAGAGAGGCCAAAAGAGUACUUGCAUGGUGGUGGUGGGUCAGAACUUUUUCUGUUCUUGCUUUCAGUAUACAUAUGCGUGAGGACUGAGAGAAACUGUGGUGUUUUGUUUUUUUGGUUUGCGCAGUGGUCAGGGGGUGUAGUUGAGCUGAAUUAUGUGUGUAGUAAUUGAACAAAUAGUUUCACAUUUAUUUUUGUUUUCUUCAUUACAUUCCUUUCCUGUUUUUGAAUCUUGUUUGAUUUGCUCAGCUACAACUCUGGGAUUUUGGCACUUGUUUCUAUGUUUUUAU